AUGUCAGAUAAUGCGCUAACAUUUAAAGCUGCUUCAAACGAAGUUUCACGACUUUGCAAUUCUAAAAAAGUUAAAGAAAAUAUCCAGAAUUAUGGCAUUGAAUGGAAAUUCAUCCCAAAUAGAGCUCCAUGGUUCGGGGGCAUGUGGGAAAGAAUGAUUGGCUUAACAAAAAUAUCACUUAAGAAAGUAUUAGGACGUGCACAUGUCAACAAUGAGACUCUAAGGACUGUAUUAACAGAGAUCGAAGCCACACUCAACGAUCGACCAGUGACGUAUAUUUCAACAGAAAUCAGAGAUCCGGAGCCGCUUACACCAUCCCAUCUUAUACAUGGACGAAGAAUAACAACUUUACCGUAUGUAUCGACAAAUAGUGCUAUUAAAAAUCUGAAUAUUUGUGAAUUAACACACACAAACUUGAACAAUCAAGCGAUACGACAGAGACAAUUGAUUGAGAACUUCUGGACAAGAUGGAAAGAAGAAUACCUUACUUCAUUGCGAGAAUAUCACCAAAGAGCUGGAGUCGACGUUCGGAAGAUUAAAGAAGGCGAUAUAGUUCAGAUACACGACGAAUCAAAGCGUGUUCAUUGGAGACUUGGUGUUGUGCAGGACACUAUUAAAGGCAAGGACGGCUUAGUACGCGUCGCUAUGGUGCGUACCAAAUCAGGAAUUACAAAUCGACCCGUGACAAAACUCUACCCAUUAGAAGUCAACAGCAUGGACUGUUAUCUGAGACGAAGUGAACGAAGAAACUAA